GAGGAGAGAGGAGAUUGGAAGGGGAAGGAAAGCAGGGAGGCCAGAGGGCAGAGGAAACGAGAGACCGAGAGACCCGGAGAGGGACUGCGAGCGCCAGGAAAGAGAGCCCGCAAUCAGCUCUCUCCCCCGGGGCGGGGAGUCCCAGAAAAGCUCAUCUCCACGAGGCGGCCAAGACCACGACCCGCAGCCUCCGCGCUCCCGGCGCCUCUGGCCGCCGCCUCCCGAAGCCGGAGGCCCGGAGCCCCGGAGUCCCGCACUGGCCGGGCAGGCACCGUCCGCCGUCUGGAAGGAGGCGGUCCGCACUCAGCUCGCUUUCCCCUCCCCUCUCCUGGAGGCGGGCACCCGGGGUAUUUGAGCGGCGGAGGACCCGCGGCCCCCCCGCCUCCGCCCCCCAUUCAAGAAGCCGCUCCGCUAUCCGCGCCAGCACAGGGCGCGCGCCGCGCCUCGGAGCGCACGUUCGGCGCUUUCUCCUGCACGUUCCCCGGACAUUAUGCUGCCGAGCGGCGGAGCCGCAGUCCUCCAAGUGCUCCUCCUGCGGCUCCUGCGGCCCGAGCGGCUCAGCUCUCGGCAGGCGGCGGCAUUGCUCAGCCGAGCGCGGACGGGACCCUCGCGGCGAGACCUCAGCGACUCCUAAAGUCGCACAUUGGCGGCGGGCGCCGGCCUCCGCGCGCUCUACGCGGCCGCUGCCUCGGGUCGCCGCCGCCAAGGAGGGCAGGAGGGAGGGGUGAGGGCAGCGGGGGAGGGGUGAGGAGCACCAUGCAGUUUGUAUCCUGGGCCACACUGCUAACGCUCCUGGUGCGGGACCUGGCCGAGAUGGCGAGCCCAGACGCCGCGGCAGCCGUGCGCAAGGACAGGCUGCACCCGAGGCAAGUGAAAUUAUUAGAGUCCCUGAGCGAAUACGAAAUCGCGUCUCCCGUCCGAGUGAACGCUCUCGGAGAACCCUUUCCCACGAACGUGCACUUCAAAAGAAGGCGACGGAGCAUUAACUCUGCCUCUGACCCCUGGCCUGCCUUCGCCUCCUCCUCUUCCUCCGCUACCUCCUCCCGGGCGCAUUACCGCCUCUCCGCCUUCGGCCAGCAGUUUCUAUUUAAUCUCACCGCCCAGGCCGGAUUUAUCGCUCCACAGUUCACUGUCACCCUCCUCGGGGCGCCCGAGGAGAACCAGACAAAGUUUUAUUCCGAGGACGAAGCAGAACUCAAGCACUGUUUCUACAAAGGCCACGUCAAUACCAAGUCCGAGCACACGGCGGUCAUCAGCCUCUGCUCCGGAAUGCUGGGCACAUUCCGGUCCCAGGAUGGGGAUUAUUUUAUUGAGCCGCUGCUGUCCGUGGAUGAACCAGAAGAUGAAGAUGAACAAAACAAACCCCACGUUAUCUACAGGCUCAGCACCGCCCAUGAAGAGCCCUCCACAGAAAGGCACGCGUGCGACACCUCAGAACACAGGGAUAGUCCCAGUAAGGACAGGAGGAAACCGAGAGCAAGGGAACGGGCAGGAAGGAGCAGCCUGGCUGACGACGUGGCAGUGCUCAAGAGCGGCUUCGCAGCAAAGGUGCUUUCUGCCUAUGGGAACAAGACGGACAGCACGAGAGAACAGAGGACCCACAGAAGAACAAAGCGUUUCUUGUCCUACCCACGGUUUGUAGAAGUGAUGGUGGUGGCAGACCGAAAAAUGAUUUCAUUCCAUGGAGCAAAUCUUCAACACUAUGUUUUAACUUUAAUGUCAAUUGUAGCCUCUAUCUAUAAAGACCCCACUAUUGGAAAUUUAAUUAAUAUUGUUGUUGUGAACUUAGUUGUGAUUCAUAAUGAACAGGAGGGACCGCCCAUCUCUUUUAAUGCCCAGACGACAUUAAGGAGCUUCUGCCAGUGGCAGAAGAACAACACAGGUGGGAUCAAGCACGAUACUGCCAUUCUGAUCACGAGACAGGACAUCUGCAGAGCUCAGGACAAGUGUGACACCCUAGGUCUGGCUGAACUGGGAACCCUUUGUGACCCCUCCAGAAGCUGUUCUAUUAGCGAAGAUAAUGGAUUGAGCACGGCUUUUACCAUAGCCCAUGAACUGGGCCAUCUGUUUAAUAUGCCUCAUGACGACAGCAAUAAGUGCCAAGAAGAUGGAGUCAAGAAUCCCCAGAAUGUCAUGGCUCCAACAUUGAACUAUUACUCCAUGCCCUGGAAGUGGUCAAAGUGUAGUCGAAAAUACAUCACUGAAUUUUUAGACACUGGUUACGGCGAGUGUUUGCUUAACGAACCUGGAUACAGAGCCUACAGUUUGCCUUCCCAACAGCCAGGCCUCCUUUACAAUGUGAAUAAACAAUGUGAAUUGAUUUUUGGACAAGGUUAUCAGGUGUGCCCAUAUAUGCAGGUGCAGUGCCGACGACUCUGGUGCAGUAACGCGGAUGGAGCGGAUAUAAACAGCAAAGGCUGCCAGACUCAGCACACGCCCUGGGCCGAUGGCACCGAGUGCGAGCCUGGAAAGCACUGCAAGUUUGGAUUUUGUGUUCCCAAAGAAAUGGAGGCCCCCGCGAUUGAUGGAUCCUGGGGAAGUUGGACUCCGUUUGGAACCUGCUCCAGAACGUGUGGAGGGGGCGUCCGCGCCGCUGUCCGGGAGUGCAACAGACCAGCGCCCAAAUACGGUGGAAAGUACUGCACGGGGCGCAGGAAAAAAUUUAGGUCCUGCAACACGGAGCCAUGUCCCAAGCAGAAGCGCGACUUUCGAGAGGAGCAGUGUGCUCAGUUUGACGGGAAGCACUUCAACAUCAACGGGAUCAGUCCGACCGUGCGCUGGGUGCCCAAGUACAGCGGAAUCUUGUUGAAGGACCGGUGCAAGCUGUUCUGCAGGGUGGCCACAAGCACAGCCUACUACCAGCUCAAGGACAGAGUGGUGGACGGGACCCCAUGCAGCCAGGACACCAGCGACAUCUGCGUCCAAGGCCUCUGCCGGCAAGCUGGAUGCGAUCACGUUUUAAACUCGAAAGCCCGGAGAGAUAAGUGCGGGGUGUGCGGUGGCAAUAAUUCUUCAUGCAGAACAGUGGAAGGAAACUGGACAGUAGCAGUACAUUACGGUUAUAAUCUCGUGGUCCGAAUUCCAGUGGGUGCUACCAGCAUCUAUGUGCAGCAGGAGAGCGACUCAGGAAAACUGGAGGACGAUAACUACUUAGCGCUAUCGAACACCGAUGGUGAGUACUUCAUAAAUGGGAACUUCGUUAUCACAAUGGCCAAGAAGGAGAUCCGCAUUGGGAAGGCUCUGAUCGAGUACAGUGGCUCCGAAACCGUCAUAGAGAAACUCAACUGCUCAGGCCGCAUUGAACAAGAACUCCUGAUUCAGGUGCUGGCGGUGGGGCAGUUGUUCAACCCCAAGGUGUACUACUCUUUCAAUGUCCCCAUCGAAGACAGGCCCCCGCAGUUCUACUGGAACAGUCACGGGCCCUGGCAGCCCUGCAGCAAACCUUGUCAAGGAGAGCGGAAACGAAAACCUGUUUGCACCAGGGAGUUUAAUCAGCUCAUAGUUUCUGAUCAAAGGUGUGAUCGGCUGCCCCAGCCAAGCCCCAUCACUGAGCCCUGCGGCACAGACUGUGACCUGAGGUGGCAGGUGGCCAGCAGGAGUGAGUGCAGUGCCCAGUGUGGCCUGGGCUACCGCACGUUAGACAUCUACUGUGCCAGAUACAGCCGGCUGGACGGGAGGACCGAGAAGGUGGAUGACAGUUUUUGCAGCAGUCACCCCAAACCAGGCAACCAGGAAAAAUGCUCAGGAGAAUGUAACACCGGGGGCUGGCACUACUCUGCUUGGACUGAAUGUUCUGAAAGCUGUGAUGGUGGAAUCCAGAGGAGAAGGGCUGUUUGUGUCAACACCCGAAAUGAUGUCCUGGAUGACAGCAAAUGCACACAUCAGGAGAAAGUCACCGUUCAGAGGUGCAAUGAGUUUCCUUGUCCACGGUGGAAGUCAGGAGACUGGUCCGAGUGCUCGGUCACCUGCGGGGAAGGGCACAAGCACCGGCAGGUCUGGUGUCAGUUCGGUGAAGAUCAAUUAGACGACAGAAUCUGUGACCCUCAGACCAAGCCAGCCUCCGUGCAGACCUGUCAGCAGCCAGAAUGUGCGUCCUGGCAGGCAGGUCCCUGGGGACAGUGCAGUGUCACUUGUGGACGGGGAUACCAGCACAGAGUGGUGCAGUGCAUCGUUGGGACCUAUGGCGUGUCAGUGGUGGAUGUCAAUGUCUGCAGCGCAGCAGCUAGACCAGCUGAGGUCCAGGACUGCGAAUUGCCACCUUGUCACCCUCCGCCGGCUGUCCCCGAAGCAAGGAGGAACACGCACGGCGCCCCAAGAACCCAGUGGAGAUUUGGGUCUUGGACUCCAUGCUCAGCCACCUGUGGGAAAGGGACCCGGAUGAGGUAUGUCAGCUGCCGGGAAGAGGACGGCUCCGUGGCUGAUGAGAGCGCCUGCACGGCCCUGCCGCGACCACUGGCAGAGGAGGAAUGUGUGGGGACCCCCUGUGGCCAGUGGAAGGCUUUGGACUGGAGCCCUUGUUCUGUGACAUGUGGGCACGGUAGGACGACCCGGCAAGUGAUGUGUGUGGACUACAGUGACCACGUGAUUGAUCAGAGCCAGUGUGACACAGAUUAUAUCCCAGAAACCGCGCAGGACUGCUCGCUGCCACCGUGCCCGCGCCAGGCCCCAGACAGGGGCCUUGCUCAGCACCCUUUCCAGAACGCGGGCUACCACCCCAGGAGCCUCGGCCCCAGCCAGACCCACGUGCUGGGGGGGAACCAGUGGAGGACCGGCCCCUGGGGAGCAUGUUCUAGUACCUGUGCUGGCGGGUCCCAGCGGCGUGUCGUUGUAUGUCAGGAUGAGAAUGGAUACCCCGCAAAUGACUGUGUGGAAAGAAUCAAACCCGAUGAGCAAAGAGCCUGUGAGUCCGGCCCAUGUCCGCGGUGGGCUUAUGGCAGCUGGGGAGAGUGUUCCAAGCUCUGUGGCGGAGGCCUGCGAACCAGGCUGGUGGUCUGUCAGCGGCCCAGCGGGGAGCGCUUUCCAGAUCUGAGCUGUGAAAUUCUGGACAAGCCUCCGGACCGGGAGCGGUGUAACCCGCACGCUUGUCCCCAAGACGCAGCAUGGAGCACCGGCCCUUGGAGUUCGUGUUCUGUCUCUUGUGGUCGAGGGCAUAAGCAACGAAGUGUUUACUGCAUGGCAAGAGAUGGAAGCCUUUUAGGAAGUGAGCACUGUAAGCACCUUGCUAAGCCCAGUGGGCACCGCGAGUGCCGAGGAGGAAGAUGCCCCAAGUGGAAGGCUGGCGCCUGGAGUCAGUGCUCUGUGUCCUGCGGCCACGGCGUGCAGCGGAGAAAUGUGGGCUGUCAGCUGGGACCUCGCAAGGUAGCCAGAGAGACCGAGUGCAACCCGUACACCAGGCCGGAGUCGGAGCGCACCUGCAGAGCCCAGCUGUGUCCGCUCUACGCCUGGAGGGCAGAGGAAUGGCAAGAAUGCACCAGGACCUGCGGCGAAGGCACCAGGUACCGCAGGGUGCUGUGUGUGGAUGAGGACAAAGGCGGCGAGGUGCACGGCGGGCACUGCGACCCCAGCAAGCGGCCUGCCGACCGUGAGAGCUGUAGUUUGCAGCCCUGCGAGUACAUCUGGAUCACAGGAGAGUGGUCAGAGUGCUCGGUGACCUGCGGGAAGGGCUACAAGCAAAGGCUGGUGUCCUGCAGCGAGAUUUACACCGGGAAGGAGAACUAUGAGUACGGCCACCAGACUGCCGCCAACUGCCCGGGCACGCAGCCCCCCAGCAUCCACCCCUGCUACCUGAGGGAGUGCCCGGUCUCCGCCACCUGGAGAGUGGGCAACUGGGGCAGCUGCUCCGUGUCCUGUGGCCUCGGGGUGCGGCACCGAUCCGUGCAGUGCUUGACCAACGAGGACCAGCCCAGCCACCUCUGCCCCGCGGAGCUGAAGCCGGAAGAGAGGAAAACCUGCCAUAAUAUCUACAACUGCGAGUUACCCCAGAGCUGCAGGGAGGUGCAGCAUCUGAGCGGCGCCAGGGAAGACGGGGAGUAUUUCCUGACAGUCCAGGGAAAGCUCCUGAAGAUCUUCUGUGCAGGGAUGCAGUCCGACCACCCCAAGGAGUACCUGACCCUGGUGCGCGGGGACACGGAGAACUUCUCCGAGGUGUACGGGCACAGGCUGCACAACCCGACCGAAUGCCCCUACAACGGGAGCCGGCGCGAGGACUGCCAGUGUCGGAAGGACUACACGGCGGCCGGCUUCUCCAGCUUCCAGAAGAUCAGGAUAGACCUGGCCAGCAUGCAGAUCAUAACCACUGACUUACAGUUUGCGAGGACCAGCGAAGGGCAUCCCGUGCCCUUUGCCACCGCUGGGGACUGCUACAGCGCCGCCAAGUGCCCGCAGGGUCGUUUCAGCAUCAACCUUUACGGAACAGGCCUCUCCUUAGCCGAGUCCGCCAGAUGGAUCUCGCAGGGGAACUAUGCCGUCUCCAACAUUAAGAAGUCGCCGGAUGGCACCCGAGUGGUGGGGACAUGCGGCGGUUACUGUGGGAAAUGCACUCCGUCCUCGGGCACUGGCCUGGAGGUUCAGAUUUUAUAGUUAAGGUAAGUCAGUUCUGUCUGUCUGUCUGUCUCUCUAUCUAUCUACCCCAUUCUUUUCACAGCCUGAUGAGUAACAAAUGUGGCCAGGCCCGUUGACCCCAGUCGGGGGACUGUCCUGCCUUUUCCUCCCCUGCUCAUCGGCCCUCCGCCCUGGGAUCUGAGGCUUCCUGCGUCAGCUUUGGCUGCAGAGCCGGUUAAAUGCUGCUACUGGGCUCUGUCUCAGCAGGUCCUGCCUCAGUGGGUCUCUGGUAGAUGCAGGAAUCUGUAUUUUUAGGACAAAGAAUUCUGGUGUGGGUGAUUCAACCUUUGCGAAUGCUGCCUGGAGUGUUGUAAUAAUAAUACUUAGGGUGUUCACUGCACCCUGAUUGUGUGCCAGGCACCACGCUCAGCACUUUGCAGGCAUCAUUUCAUGGGAUCCUCAUAAGAAAGCCACACGUGGGGUUGUGAUCCUCGUUUCACAGAUGGGAGCCGCGGCCCACACAGUAGGCAGUUGGCCUGUGGGCACCAUGAGUCCCCUUGGCAGAGCCCCUGCCCUCCUGACUGCACUGUGGCACACACUUUGUGUGCAAUUGGGAGCUUGUUAAACAUGCAGAACCCCAGGCCUCACCUUAGGCCCGUGAACCCAGAAUCUGCAUCCCUAGGAGAGUCGUGCUUGCUGAAGCUUGGUAGUCCCUGGUCCAACCACAGUAUGCCGACAAGUGCCUUCUCUGCCAGGCAGAGGGCGGAUUGGUCCUGCUUUUUCUUGCCCCAGUGCCCUCAGCCACAAGGGAAGAACUCAACUACUCAUAUAACCUCGCACUAAUUGCCGUCCAGUUUCCAGUAGCCCAUGAUCCUGGGAAGCUCUUAGGAGAACCUAGUUGUCACUUAUAAAGCAGUAUUUCAAGGUUCAAUUAAACAUCUAAAUUCAAGAUUAUGAUCUCAAGUUAGGAUUAUUUCCUUUGCAAGAGGCAAAAGACCAAAAGGGAACUUACUGUCUUAAAUAACUCAGCCAUUCAAGCAGUGGGCUGGCUUCAGGCAUGGCUGGAUCCAGAGGCUCAAACGGACUCGUUCUUUCUCCAUCAAUCAGCAGUGCUUGUCUCUUAAACGGCUUCAUUCUCAGGCAGGUCAUCUCCCCCCACCAUGGCCCCUGGCAGCUCUCGGCUCACACCACCCUCACAGCUCAUGGUCCCAAGUAAAUGCUCAUCUCCGGCAUCCAUUCUGCACAGGAACUCUGGCUCUGGUUGGGUCACAUGGCAACUUCUGAACCAAUCACAAUGUCCAUGAAAUGGAGAUCAUGUACCCACCUAGAGUCGGGUGAUUGACAGCUUCAUUUGGAAGAGACAUAGUUCCCAACGCACAAGGGGUUUGUUAUCAGAAAUGGGGAGAUGGGAUGAAGGCAGCAAAGUCAGCAAGUAUCCACUAGAGAUCCCCAUUAUAUGUGUAUUUAUAUAUUUUACAUAUGGUGAAUAAAUGUUUGCAUGUGUUUUACAUAAUAUUUACAUGUACAUAUAGGAAAAAGCCUAGAAGGAAAUAUACCAGUAUGAGAAGAGCGUUACCUCGGGUGGGAAUUUCCGGCUAGUGACUUGUUAUUCUUUAUGCUUCCCGGAAAUCUACAUGUUUCUUACAGCAAACAUCCUUUACUUGUAAAAUCUAAGAGAACAACGUGUGAUUGUUCAUUCUACAUGAAAAAAUGUAUGCAUUGCCUACGCUUGACUUGUGACCUUUGAGACAGAAGAUUGACCUUUCUUGGUGGCUCAUCUGUUUCCAGGUGCCCUGAAGAGGAAGCCGUGAUGGAUGGAUGAAGGAUAGUAAUGCAAUACCUCCACCUAAAAUCUGGGCGUGUGUGUGUGUGCGUGUGCGUGUGUAUGUGUGUGUGUGUGGACUUGUAUGCUUGUGUGUGUGUGUGUGUACAUAUACAUAUGCAUAUAUAAACCUAUAUACACACACACAUCUCUGGAUAUGGGUGUGUAUAUUUGUGGAAUGUCCUAAUGAUGUAAAGUUUAAUAUUUAUGUUUGAAAUUAUUUAUUGUGAUGUAAUAUUUUUGUACGUAAAAUGAUUCUAUUAUGACUGCCUUUUGCAAUAUUUUGUUCCUUGCAGUCAGACCACUGCAUUUUACGUACUCUACAUUAUAUGUAGUAUUAUGACAAAAGUGAUCCUUCAUUAUCACGGUACACUAUUGUUUACUUUCUAUAUGUAAAUCUUUUUAUUGCUCAUUUUUUUUAAAAAAAAUUGUAAUUUGUUUUUUAAAACAAUCUAGCUAUCAUCAAGGUGCUACAGCAGUAUUUGCCAUUUCUAUGAAAGCAUCAUUAGCCCGUAAGGAAUUUAGUGGUGUCACAGAUUGUACCAGCUAUGAAUUACGUUAAGUAUCUAUUCAGUUUCACGUGAACUCUGGGAACAAAAUUGCUGCCUUGGUGCUACUAUUGUAUUAUUUAAGUGAUCUUCAGACUCAGAAAUGUAAACACAUUUAAUAAGGGAGGAACCGAAGGACAUUGUCCAAUGGACGGAACCACUUGGCUAGAAUGAGGCCAGCUAUUUACCCGUUUUCGGACAUGUCUUUCUCGGAAGAGAGUUGUCCUCUGUUCUUUUUAUUGUUGUUGUUAUGAAUAUGUUUUGCUUCAGUUCAUGGUGCCUCAGUCCCUCUGCGUGAAACGGAGGGCCCCACAAGUAGUGUCAUUCCAGGGACCUUGAGAAAGAGAGGUCCUCACAGCAUUUUGCUAAGACUUUCUGAAAUGACGUCCAAGUUUACCAGUUGCAAGAUGAGGAUGCAUACAUAGGACAGCUGGCCUUCAGCACCGCCAGAGUACCCGGAGGUUCAGACCCAGGUGCUUAGUCAUUGCCUUUUCCAUGAAAACAUUGGCGACAUGCCUUCUCCUCCAGCCGUGAGCCCGAGACCCUGCCAGUGUUCGUGGCUGCUGCAGUGAUCGGCAUUUGUGACAAGACAUGAACUGUGGAGUACCAGGUGCCCCAUCUUUCUGAUCGUCCAUCACCCCACUCUGCUACAUCUUUCCAAAAGGAAGUGCCAAAGCCAUGGUCCUCCUGCCUUGCAGCCUGACCGGAGGGAAGUCUUUGCCCACACCCCCUGGCAGACCCUGCCACUUCCACAAACCAAAGAGAUGAAGAAAAACCUGGCAGUGUUCUCCAAGCCCCGGAACUCCAGAGCGCGCCAGGAGAGGGUAUACUCAGUGUAUGAAUAUGUGCUGUUCUCCAUUGUUAACACAUUGCAAAAAUAUACUAUGAAUAAAUACCAUGACCACGACCAAA